AUGAACCUGAAUAAUGCAGAAACAACGGAAAGAACCAUCAUUCUGUUCGAUGAUGGCGCUCAACUAAACUGCAUGGAGGAAAUUGGAUAUGACAAGAUGAGGAUUGCCCCAUUCGCCGAUGAAAAUCCAAAACUAUCCACUGUGGCAAGGGCACCGCUCGGAAUAAAAACCAUAGAAAACGAAUUGUACCCAUAGCAUACAAGAAAACCCAAUCUUCAUGAUAAUGAACAAGUAUUGGAGAAGUUUAAAGAAAAUAUCUUUAAAGUCAACGGAAAAUAUCAAGUAGCUUGGCCAUUAUCAAAGGACAAACUAAAGAAAAGAAUCAAAGGAAUCGAAGGGAAAGAAUCAAAGGACAAACUAACGGACAAAUUAACGGCAUGGGAAGAACUUAUAAGCGCAUGGCCAAAUCAUGUGAAGGAUUUACCACGUGUUACAGUUAUCCCAUUGAAAAAAACAACAAUUCAUGUCUUCACCGAUGCUUCAUCAGUCGCAUAUGCAGCUGCCAUGGCAUUGCACCGGAUACAAAAUCACUCUCCUCUACUACGAGAUUCAUACAAAAUAGAGCCGAGGAGAUACGAAACUCCAGAUCUUCAUUUCGUUAUAUUCCGGCUGAAAACAACCUCGCUUAUCAGAGGAAUAACUCCCACCAAACUCGAAGAACAUGAAUCAUGGUGGAGAGGACCUUACUGGAAUAGCAAAAGCUUUGAUCGCCUUAUUUCCUUCUUCACUACCGGAGCGGCUCAUCUUGCAUUAGUAGACGAUCUAUCUGCUCAGAGCUUUCUGCAUGUCCUCAGAAGAUUCGUAGCUCGACGCGGUUAUCCCGAACUAGUACUAAGCGACAAGGCCAGUUACUUUCAGUCACCAAGAAGUGUAGAAAAAAGGGCUCCCGUCGAAGGAGAAGUCGUUCCGAUCAAUGAACAGAAUGGGUUGAUGGAAACUUGUCCGAAUAGAAAAACUCAAUAUAAGUCGAGACAAAAGAAUACGAAGUCUCUGAUCAAACUACCAAGUCAGAAACUUGUCAAUCGACUAUAA